UAGUUCUUGCUGCUGUGUCGCGUAGAGAGUCUGUGAGAGAUGGCAAGGAAGACGGGCGUGAAGGGGCUCCAGCAGUGGUGCAAGAACGUGACGCAGGGCUACAGGGACGUGGAAAUCACAAACAUGACCACCUCGUUCCGUGACGGGCUGGUUUUCUGUGCCAUCAUCCACCGCUACCGCCCAGAUCUCAUACCCUAUGACUCUCUAAAGAAAGAAAAUGUGUUCCAAAACAACCAACUGGCCUUUUCAGUAGCGGAUAGGGAGCUGGAUAUACCAGCGCUGCUGGACGCAGCUGACAUGGUGGAACUCCGUGUACCUGACAAGCUAAGCGUCGCCACGUACCUCAUCCAGUACUACAACUACUUCAAAGACAAGACACCUUCCAAGGGGGCGGAGACUCUCGGUCCCAUUCCCGUUCCACAUACCACCAAAACUGCUGCAUCUUCGGUCCAUACCAGGGGUGGAAUGGAACCGGGACCGAAGAGGGUAAAGGUCGAGAAUAUUGGUCCAUUGUCGCCACAGAGGGAAGUUCCCAGGAAGACGGUGGGGGAAGUAAGUCGAACAGUCUCCACGCCAUCUCUGGGUAAACCUGGUACCGGAAUGGGACAGACAACCACCAAGCUCUCGGGCAUAGCUGAACAACCACCAAAGACGACAUCACAGGGCGGAGUGGGCUCCUCCCGACCACACCCGGCUACAAACUUCGUCCCUUCUCCCUCUACCAUUGUCACCUCGACUCCGAAACCAUCGUCUCCCCUCCCUCCUCGUCCUCCUCCUCCCACCACUGCCAACACACAACAACAACAACAGCGGAAGAUGGAUGCUGUAGGAAAAGUUGUUCCGGAGACUUCGUCCAACAAGGGAAGCAAAUCAACCGAAGUUCCCUUACGAAAGCAGUUGUCUCCACCGAGAGUGGUGCCCUCGGGAUCUCAGAAGAGGGGGACGAUGGGUCAGGAGGAAUGCGAGUCCUGCGGCAAGAGGGUAUACCUCAUGGAGAGACUGGCCGUGGAGAAUCACGUCUUCCAUCGAGCCUGCUUCAAAUGCCACUCGUGCCCCGUCCAGCUGAAACAGGGAUCAUACGAGUUUGACCGGAUCUCAAACCAGUUUUACUGCCGCACCCACUACCGGGACCUCUUGCGACAGCGGACAAUCAAACGAACUAUUGAUCAGAGGAAUCUUGCUAGCCCUACUGGAGGGGACGGCGAGGAGAAGAGGGAGGAGGAGGAGGUGGAGCCAAAGAGGAAGAAAGAAAGUGAUGAGGUCACCAGGUCAAAGGUCAGCACAUCGGUAACCGAUACUACCACCAAUCGUCAUGGUGGUUCUGGCGGGUCUGGCAAAACUGAAACCACGCCCACUGCGGCUGUUUUUGCCACACCCACUGAGAUAUCUCGUCAAGAGUCGGCCAGGAUCAGGGGCGGUCUUCCGUCACUGUUGAAGACCCUGGCAGCUGCUAAACAGGAUCCAGAAACUGAAGUCCAGUCACUGGGUCCUGCUAGUGAGGCAACUACAGUGACUGCUGAAAAUGGCUCUGCAGUUGCUGUAUCAAUUGGGUUACCACAGCAACAGUUGCCGGAGAAACCGUUGCCAGAGCAACAGUUGUCGGGGCAACACAUAGCAACAGAGAAAGCAGGCGAAAAAGUGGAUAUUGAAGCACGCAAACAAGAAAAGGAGGAGGGUGAGAGGGAAAGAGAGGGGGGUGAGGGGGAAAGUGAGGAGAGGGGAGAGAAGGAGAAGACACCAGAAGACAUUCCCUCGCCGGUGAAACCGCCUCGUCGAAGGACGAUGAAGACCACACCACUACCGUCACAGGGAGAGAAGGAGGGUGCAACAGCUCCAGCCAAGGUCCCCCAGGAUGCCGAGCCAUCUGAUCGUAAAGCAGAGCUGUCCAAUCCACCGACUGAGCCGUCCCGUUCCCCGAUUCCAGAGUCUCAACCCCCGAAACGUCCAUCCCGCCCAUCGAUAAAGCCGUCACGCCCGGCACCACCUCGACCGCAGUUUCCGCCCUCUCGUACUCCUCCUCGUCCACCCCGCCAACCAGCCCGCUCGAAAUCCCAAUCAGCGCGUCGGCCCCACACCUCCACUAAAUCUCCCCUCCUCCCGAUCUCCAGCCCCACCAUCGAGCAGUUGGCCGAGCAGAGGAAGAGACAGCUGCAGUCUCUGCGGACGGAGCUGGCCGCGGUGGAGAGAGAGCAGAGGGAGCUGGAGGAGAGAGGGGUGGAGAUGGAGCAGCGGCUGAGGAGCACAGAAGACAUGGAGGCAGUCGACGACCGCCUGGUGGAAGAGUGGUUCGGCCUCGUCAACCAGAAAAACAUGCUCCUCAGACAGGAGUCAGAUCUGGUGUACCAGGUGAAGGACCUGGAGCUGAUAGAGCAACACGACGUGCUGGAGGGUGAGAUACGACGCCGGCUGGCGCAGGAGGACUCCGAGAAGACGGAUCUCCAGCGCCUGGAGGAGGAGGCCAUGAUCAACGAACUGGUGGAACUGGUGGAGAAGAGAGACCGCCUCCUGUGGACCCUUCACAUGGAGAAGACACUGUCCGAGGCAGAGGACAGGGAGGUGGAGCUAAUGGCCAGUAACCAAGGUUACGCCAUCCAACCACGACUCCGCAAAACAACCAGCGCCAUAUACUGACCUUCAACCCCCUGGCACCAUCUGCGACUUUCUCAUACACUCUUCUGUUUUAUUUUUUAGUCCGUGUUUUUAUAAAUCACUUCGUUCUUUUGUAUAUAGGGAUAUUAAACGUGUUUGAAAGGUAACCGAAGCUAAAAACAAAUAUCGUACAUGGACAAUUAUUUGCUACUACAAUAGAUCACAUUUUGAAUAGAGAAACAAUUGUGUAAUUUUAUUGACACAAGGACAGAAGUUUUCUACAGUUAUGACAUCAUGACAGUGAAAGAUUGCAUGUAUCCCUAAAUAGUCCACACCCCCCGCUCCCUGGCCUCACGAUGGUGGUAUCUGUACUAUAUACGUAGUGACGUCAGAUGAUAUGAGAGUCUCUAGUCCUAAUAUUGCCGCCCAGAUCUUGACAUAUGGUGGCGGUGAACGGGAUACAGUUGAGGUACUGAAAACCGUCCCACGUGUCCUGAACCUCGUAAAACAGGACGAAAAACAGGACAAACAGCAGGACGACGGACGGAAUCCCACCAAUCACCAUUCCCCAUUUGACCCUUCGAAACACGUCGUUCUUUCUCUCCUUCUUCUUUCUCUUGGGUUUGACUCCCAGGUCGUCCAGACUGUGGUACGGAACGAGGAUUCCAGAGAGGAGGAAGCCAAAGACGAACCCUCCGAUGUGGGCAAAGUUGUCGAUGAAGGGGAAGAGGCCGAGAAUGAGGAGGAAGAUCACAACGAAUCCGAGUUUGAUGAACUCGACCCACGGGUGCAUGAGGAGUCGCGAUUCAAAGAUGA